AUGCCUUGUGGUCAGAAAAGUAAGCACCGUGUCCGUGAGAAAUGCAAACAGGCCUCAGGGAAAAGCCAGGCUGUCCAGGGUGCUCAGGCCACUGCAGUGGAGGAGGAAGGAUCUUCUUCUUCCUCCCCUAUUUAGGGGGACACCCCCAAGAGCUCUCCUGUUGGGUGUGAUCUUCGUGAAUGGUACGUGCAGCACCGGCAGGCACGCAACAGUCAUCCUUCAUGCUAUGAAUUCCUGUGGGUUCCAAGGGCACGUGCUGAAACCACCAAGAUGAAAUUUCUGGAGCUAUUGGCCAUGCUGACAGCUCUAGUGAAGACCACCUGCCUGCUGUUCUUGAGGAGUUCCAUGAUGACUACCAAUCGGAAGAUCACAUUCUACUCUCUUGAGGAAAUGUGUCUGCCCCUAGGUGACACCCACAGUGUCCAGGGUGCUCAGGCCACUGCAGCAGCAGAAGAAGCACCCUCCACAUCUCCUACAUCUCCUUAUUCAGAUGACUUUCCCCUGAGCUUCCCUGACAUUCGGGUUCCAGAGUUACCACAGUCGUUCCUGUUUACCAGUCUGGAUGGACAAGAUGCUUUCAUUUCAAACAUUGCUAAAGUUGCACAGACUCAAGAUGAGCGAGAUGCAAGUGCUCCUGAGGCUGCUGUGACUCCAAGUCAGAAUUUCCAAAGAGAUCCCAUUGUCCGGAGGAUGCGCUUAUUGGUGCAGUUCCUGCUGCACAAGUAUAAAAUGAAAGAGCCCAUUACCAAGGCAGAAAUGAUGAAGAUCAUCAACAAAAAGUAUAAGGAGCAUUACCCUGAAAUGCUGAGGAGAGUGUCUGAGCACAUGGAGAUGGUCUUUGGACUUGAGAUGAAGGAAGUCGACUCUAGAAGUCAAUCAUAUGUUUUGACUAGCAUUUUAGAGAUCACCAGUGAAGGGCAUCUAAAUGGCACCAGGGGGUUUCCCAAGAUCGGCCUCCUCCUGCCCAUUCUGGGGAUGACCUACAGGAAUGGCUGCCAGGCCACAGAGCAGGAGAUGUGGGAAUUCCUGAAUGCACUAGGGAUCGUUGAUGGGAAGAGGCACUUCAUUUUUGGAGAGCCUAGGAAAUUCAUCACCAGAGAUUUGGUGUGGGAAAAGUACCUGGAGUACCGGCAGAUGCCCAACAGUGAUCCUCCAGAGUAUGAAUUCCUGUGGGGUCCCAGAGCCUAUACUGAGACCAGUAAGAAAAAGGUGUUGGAGUUCUUGGUCAAGGUUAAUAAUAUCGACACUUAUGCUUUUCACGUACUCUAUGAAGGAACUUGGGGAUAUGAAGAGAGAUCAGCAGACACACUGUGGGCUGGGGUAGGUUUUAAUGCCAGGGCAAGGGCCCGUUUCAGGGCCAAGUCCAGCAAGGCCUCCCACCCCUCAUGA